AUGAAGCACAUCCCGGUCCUCGAGGACGGGCCCUGGAAGACCGUGUGCGUGAAGGAGCUGAACGGCCUCAAGAAGCUCAAGAGGAAAGGCAAAGAGCCGGCGCGGCGCACCAUCGGCUAUAAAACUUUCCGAGUGGACUUGCAAGUACCCGAGCCCUGCGUCGCCACCACCAACGGGCUGCGGGACAGGACCCAGCCGCGGCAGUCGGCUCCGGCCCCAGUGCCCGCCCCAGUGGCGCCAGCCGUGCUCCCUGGUGGGGGCGCGGACACUGCAGGGGAGUGCGGGGUGCUGGACGCGCGGAAGCGUGGCUUCACGCUGGGCGCGGUGGGGCCGGGACUCCCCACGCCCCCUCCGCCUCCCGCGCCCCAGAGCCAGGCGUCAAGGGCUCUGGAGGCGCAGCCCUGUCGGGAGCAAGGCCUGCGUCCCCGCAUCUUCCUGUGCGCGACUCCCGCGCGCCCAGCGCCCCCUGAGCCCCCAGCGCCCUCUGCACGCCCCGCGCCCUCCGCUCGCCCCGGGGAAAGUUCCUACUCAUCAAUUUCACACGUAAUUUACAAUAACCACCCGGAUUCCUCUGCGUCGCCUAGGAAACGGCCGGGCGAGGCGACCGCCGCCUCCUCGGAGAUCAAAGCCCUGCAGCAGACCCGGCGGCUCCUGGCGAACGCCCGCGAGCGGACGCGCGUGCACACCAUCAGCGCGGCCUUCGAGGCGCUCAGGAAGCAGGUUCCAUGCUACUCAUACGGACAGAAGCUGUCCAAGCUGGCCAUCCUGAGGAUCGCCUGUAACUACAUCCUGUCCCUGGCACGGCUGGCCGACCUGGACUACAGCGCGGACCGCAGUAACCUCAGCUUCUCAGAGUGUGUGCAGCGCUGCACCCGGACCCUGCAGGCUGAGGGCCGCGCCAAGAAACGCAAGGCUGGGGUGAUCCUCCAUGGGUUCCCAGACCUGCUCUGUCACUGCUGGUGCUGCUGCGCUGGGAAGAGAGAUGAAAUCCUGGAGCUGUGA